AUGUCUUCUCUCCCUGAGCACCUGCAACUCUUCAACCCGAUUCUAGGCCAUGGCUCCGAGCAAUCUUUCCCCCAGUUCUCGAAGUUUCCUCUCGAAAUCCGUGUCCACAUUUUCAAGCUGUCCCUGCUCCGCGAACGAUUCUUCCAACUCUGGCUCGAACGAGAUGACCAGCUCGUUGGACCCAAGGACCGCAUCAGCGGAAACCGCUACAUUGUCAAUGUCCAGGGACGCAACAUCCACAGCAAACUUCUUCGUGUCAACAGAGACGCGAGGCACGCUGCCUUGGCCUUCUACCGAGUGCACAUUCCCUGUCGACAUGAGUGGUGUGGCAGAACUCGCAGCGUGGGCUUUCUCUACGUCAACCCAGAGAGAGAUAUCCUGCGCAUAGGCUUUCUGCCACCUCACGCCGGGCCAUCAAUCCACCCUCCCAAUGUCCGAAAGCCGUGUAUUGUGGACUUCCUUCUGGAUACCCAAAGACGUGAUCCCCAUCACAUUGGGCUGGAGAAGAUUGCACUUCCAACAGACUCUGCCCGACAGCUUAUAUCGGAGGACAUGGCAGUAGACGAUCCCGAAUGUCGUGAGCUCUUCGCCCGGGCCUUCUCCAACGUUAGGCAUAUCUUCUUCGUCUGCCUCGAACAAAACGAGCGUCUGUGCUUGCCAUUCGACCCAGCCGCGACGCCCAUGGCUCCUUGGCAGUUCUCUCGCUCCCGCCCGCUUCUCGGGUCGAACUCUGGGUUUACUCGGCUUCCCCGCGAUCCCCGUCCCAUCUCGGCGGAUUUGCAAUACGUCUUUCCAGGAUGCAUCAUGCCGAGACAAUACGUGUAUAAUUGGUUCAAGCUCCUGGCAGACUGGGGCUGCCAUCGCCAAGAUGGGAGCGUUGAGUAUCAUUUCCUAGUCUCACAGUUCAGCAAUCGCGCAAACGUUUAUAAUGCCCCCGUCAUCAAAAUGACGACUGAAUUUCAUAAUGAACGGGGCGUAGGACAAAUGUUCCGGUCAAUCUUCCAAACUGCCACUGGAUCAACAGGCAUCGUCGACAGAACCACGGCCGCGAAAUUUGCCAGCAGCCACAUUAGCUUACGUCUGGCAAACCAACCAGAGUAUCCAGACCUGGUGGCACGUCUGGCAGAUACUGCAACGCUCGACCUCGUGGAGAACACAGAACGCUUGCCGAAGCUCGCCGUUGGCUUCUGGGUGUUUCCGCUUGAAGCUCUGGGGGACUUACCUCAACUAGGAGUAUCUAGGGACGAUCCAAGGCGGUCCCCAGUCAGGACAAUCGAUAUGUCGGACUUCCCGCCGGAGCUUUACCUAGCAGAUCUGUCUUAG